CGGCUUGGGGCGGCCGCGGCUCUGCUGCGGCUUCUCGGCGUCCCUUCGGCCUCACCGGCACUUCCCGGGACCCCUCCGCGGGGCUGCGUGCUACGCGCUCGGCCGUCGGGACCCGCCGGGACGGGGCCCCGCGCUUGGGCCUGGCGGGGGGGGGAGAGGCGGAGCUGGAGGGGACGCACAGGACGGCGGCAGAAAAGGCCAGCGAGCAGGCGGAGACAUGGCGACGGGCGCAGAUGUGCGGGACAUCCUGGAGCUGGGUGGUGUGGAGUCGGAGAACACUGGCACCAUCAACAAAAAGGAUAUCAUCAACUCGGAUAAGAAAAAAUCCAAGAAAUCUUCAGAGACAUUGACGUUUAAGAGGCCAGAAGGAAUGCACCGAGAAGUCUAUGCGCUCCUCUACUCUGACAAAAAGGAUGCGCCUCCGCUGCUGCCAAGUGAUACCACUCAGGGUUAUCGAACGGUUAAAGCAAAACUGGGGUCCAAGAAAGUCCGGCCUUGGAAGUGGAUGCCCUUCACCAACCCAGCGAGAAAAGAUGGAGCGAUGUUCUACCACUGGAGGAGAGCAGCGGAGGAAGGGAAGGACUACCCUUUUGCCAGGUUCAAUAAAACAGUGCAGGUACCUGUCUACUCAGAGCAGGAGUAUCAGAUGUAUCUCCAUGAUGAUGCGUGGACCAAAGCUGAGACAGACCACCUCUUUGACCUGGCUCGGCGUUUUGAUCUGCGCUUCGUGGUGAUUCAUGACCGCUACGAUCACCAGCAGUUCAAGAAAAGAUCAGUGGAGGACCUGAAGGAACGAUAUUACCACAUCUGUGCCAAGCUGGCUAAUAUUCGUGCUGCUCCAGGCACAGACCUGAAAAUCCCAGUCUUUGAUGCUGGCCAUGAGAGGCGAAGGAAGGAACAGCUGGAAAGGCUGUACAAUAGGACACCAGAGCAGGUGGCAGAAGAAGAAUACCUCAUCCAGGAACUCCGCAAAAUUGAAACUAGGAAGAAAGAGAGAGAAAAGAGAACCCAAGACCUGCAGAAGCUCAUCACAGCUGCUGACACCACCACUGAGCAGAGACGUGCUGAGCGCAAGGCUCCCAAGAAGAAGCUGCCACAGAAGAAGGAGACAGAGAAGCCUGCUGUUCCUGAGACUGCUGGCAUCAAGUUUCCUGACUUCAAAUCUGCAGGUGUCACGCUGCGAAGCCAGAGGAUGAAACUGCCAAGCUCGGUGGGACAGAAGAAGAUUAAAGCCCUGGAGCAGAUGCUGAUGGAACUCGGAGUAGAUCUCAAUCCUAUGCCCACAGAGGAGAUCGUGCAGAUGUUCAACGAACUGCGGAGUGACCUGGUGCUGCUGUAUGAGCUGAAGCAAGCCUUUGCCAACUGUGAAUAUGAGCUGCAGAUGUUACGGCACCGCUAUGAGGCCCUGGCCAAAGCUGGUAGCAUUGGCCCCCUCAGUGCGGAAGGUGCCCAUCCAGAUGGCCAGGCAGGGCUCAGCAUCGAGGAGGGCAAGGGAGAUGCCAAGGACCAGAUCAUUGAUGUAGUAGGAGCACCACUGACCCCCAACUCGGUGAGAAGGAAGGUUGCAGGGGCAGAACAAGGAGCACUCAGGUCUCCAACGCAGAUGCCCUGACAAGUGCUGGGGAUGCUGCCCUGCUCUCCCUCCAGGCGUGCGCGUCCAAGGGAGCAUAGCACGCCUAUUUCCCCCAGGUCCCAGUGCUGCUCUCUGGGCUCGUCUCCUGUGCUUGGACAGUGUUCUUGGUGCUAUUGGUGGGGUCAGCAGGGCUUUCUACAUCCUGCAUGCAGGCAGAUGGCUUGACAUGGGUGCCACCGUGGACCAAAGCAGCAAGGCUUUGGUGACAAGAGCUUGCACUAGGGCAGCAACAGUGAUGCCGGUGCAGCUGCAGGCCUGAGGCAUUUUCUGUCUAGACGCAGCCUCAUAAGGGCUGCCUGGCAGAGGGAAGCGAGUGGGGAAAGCGGUCUUGAUAUGAUGAGCCAUGAUCUGCCUGAGUCCCUGGAGUUAAGCAGUGGCCGUGCCUGAAGUGGGAGGCUUGGGAAGGAGAGAGGUGUUUGAAGAGCAAAUGGGUGUUUUUAUACCUUACUUCCAGUGCCAAGGAAGGAAAGCCAGACCUAGGGGUUCCUUCACUGCGAGCCCUGUGACAUGUACCUCUGCAGGAUGCGAAUCGCCAGCCUCUCCUCCCUGCCUCCGUGAGGACAGGCUGCCCAGCCCCUUACUGCUGCCUCAGGGCCAAGGGUACGCCUGGGGAUCAGCCAAGGUUGCUUUCCCCUCUGCGCAGUCCCCUGGCACAGCUGAGCCAAACUGCCCGAUCCAAGCUGCCCGUCUCCACACAGUGGCAUCCCCAGCGCCUCAGACAUUGCUGCCCCUGGUAGCGGCACAGACCUUUAUUCUCUAAAAUGUGUAAUGUAUUGCAGGAUAUUGAGAACACCUUGUCUGUCAAUGGCAGAGGCGAUACAUUAAUCUGGACUUGAGCAAUGUCCUAUUUGAUUGUGACGAUAUGGAGUCGCAAGGAAGCGUUCCUCUGAGACAGGUUCAUGUUUGCAAAGGAGUCUUCUGAAUGUUUUUCUUUUAUCCCCCUGCUGCAUUCAAUUUGAAACCUCACCCCUCCUUGCAGUCCAGUGUCCUGGAUUGCAAGCUUUUGGGGCUGAUUCACAACACACUUGCUCUCCUUUGAGGCUUUGCUUGUUGGGAAGGUGGGAGAGGUGGUGGUGGUGGCCGUGGCUGCAGAAGGAGGGAGCCCACGUGUGUGUUUCUGACCACCGUGUUCCUCAGUGCCUCCUGGAAUCGGAAACAAAGGGGUGGGCCUAGGCAGCACAGAGAGGGUUAAACUGACCUGGUCUCUGACAUAUUUGAAAGAAAUAUAAUCAAGUUAAUUCACUGCAAGGCAAAUUCAGUACCUAAAGGGCCCCCAUGUUAAAUACAGCACUGACCUUUACCGGCUGAUUACACAAAGACGACACAAUUAGAUUAGUCCAAGACAAAAGGUCAAGCACAUUCACACUGUGACCAUUUUAUGCUACCUUUUGAGGGGGGGGGGAAAAAUUACAUCCCAGCUGGAGAGGUAUCUUGGAGAGGAGGGAAAUGAAGCUGCAGUACCAUGUUCUGGCUGGCUCAGGUGUGUUUGGAGAGUUGGGCAGGGCCUGGCUCUGUGCUUGCCCUGAACCUUUCCUGCAGUUCUGGUUACUGUGGUGGUGAGUGAGACCAGCAGCCCACGGCCCACAGCCAGCUUUUCCCAAAAUGGCCUGGGCUGAGUUGGAGGCUGUGUGUUGGCCACGCUUCCUGCCCAGCCCGGUGCUGCUUUCUCAGCGUCAUGGCUAAAAUCAGCCUCUGGAACAUCAGAGGGCUGGAGUCAGCCCUGAGAAGGGAGGCCGCUGGGGUGGACGUUGGCCGAUUGCUGGUGGGAUGCGUGCACAUGUCCCUAACCUGCACAGUGAUGACCCUGAGGUGUCACAGGCCCUGGUGUGAUGGGGCAUCAGGGGUGGCAGUGGGCCUAGAACACAAUGCCGAGAAAGGAGCCUCCUCUGCCUGUACAAUGCUUUUUCCCCAACUUGGGGCCCUUGCAGCAGGGGCAGCAAUUUUAGUGGUGCAAGCAAGCGGCUCUCUGUAGCACUAGUGUUGUGCUGGGAUGUAUUCAGCCUGUCCACUUGGUAGCAUGACACACGUGAGUGCAGCGGUGCUUUGUAGUGGCCUUCCCAUCCCUAGUCUCCUGCAGUUGUGUCUGUGGGCACUUGUGGGUGACACCCUGCCCUUCCCUUUCCUCUUUCUGAGAAGCGCCACCAUGCUAGCCUUGAACAGCUGAGUUCAAGCGUCUGCUUUGCCAGUGAACUGCCAGGGGCCCUGGGGGAAAUCAUUUAAUCUUCAGGCUUCAAAUUCCCCUGAGUUGGAGAAUCCCUUUGUGCUGUCUAGCACUGCCCAUCCGUGGCACUCCACAUGUGGGAUUAAGCACAGAUUAGUUCAGCCUCCAAACCAGCUGCUCCCCUGAAGCCAGAUUUGUUUCCCUGGGGAAAAGUACCUUCUCCAGAUGUUGGAGUGAGUGGCAAAGCCAGGAACAGGAGUAGGAGUCCUGACUCACGAGCCCUGCCUGGAUCCCUUGCUAGGAAUUGGAAUGAAAGGCUGAAGUUGUGCCAGGGUCCUGAGAUACUGAUUGUGGCAACAGUGGGCUGCCACUGCCUCCUUGGCCUACACUGGGGGCGAGGGACAGCUUGGCUGGGUUUUUUAGCCAGGUUAGGAGAGAUGUCUGUGUGUCUCAGCAAGGACAUCCCAUGGGAAGCCUGGCACUGUCCUGCUCUGCCGUGUCCGCCGUGUCCCUCCUACCCUGGCUACUCGUCCACCCUCUCCUCAGGGCUGCAGUGCCUGUUGCUGACCAUUAAAGCCGAGCUCGGAUUCCCCCAGUGCCGUCUGCCGCUGACCCCGGUAGGGACUUUACUCGGGGCCUUCGGGAGGUGAAAGGUGAGCCGAACUCGGAACAAAUUAGUUCCAAGCAGAAGUUCAGCCAGUUACUCCAGAUUGGAUCCUUUGAUUUCCGCAACUCAGACUCCACUCAGUGAUCUGUAAUGAGUGACUCUCAGAAAUCCUCACAUUGCAGCACUUUGUUCCUGAGCUCACAAGUCAGCCCAUUAAUGGGUAAAGGAAAAGACCUUCAGUCUAAGAAGUCUCGGGUUCAGAGUCAGAAUUAUUUGACUUUUAAGCUUCCUUUAUCUGAACUCCUGCUGACUUCUUGUUUUCUGAGCCUGUUUGAAAGCUAGAAGUUACAUUGUUAAGAUCAAACAUUCUCUCUUUCCAGAUGGAGUUACAAUAUCUGUCUUUUAUAUAUAUAUAUAUUUUAAUAUAUAUAUAUAGUGUAUAUAUACCAGGGUGUAUAUAUAUUCCUCUUUUUUUUUUUUUUUGUAAUCGUUCUUUCCAUUAAAGGAAACGAGACUUGUAGGCUCUUGUAAAUUAUAAUGUAAAACAUUUUUUUUAACCAGACAGUUCCCAAUUUUGCCCAAGGCAACUGGAAUAGCUGCGCCACAGAAGGCAAUAGGAAGGUGAUUAAUAUGAAUUUGUGACAUAUUUGAAAGAUGGGUCUUUUGCCAUAUAAAGAUUAUCAAACACAUGUGCUCUUCCCCAUUAAUUCCGCAGCCCUCCCAGGAAAGCCACAAAGCCCAGCUCCUUUGUUUCCAGGGUGGGUUUUUGUUUUUUUAAAUGUACCUUUCGGUCCCCUUGAUUACCAUGUAUUUGAUUUUUAUAGGGCAUCUGUUCACACUGCUGUGUGGGUUCUCUGGCCCUUUUAUUUCCCUGUUAAUCGGAUCCCGCAAAGGCGGCCGUGCCAGGGCCUCAGACGAAAUACGUGUGUGUAUUGUAUUUAACUUUUAGCCAUGCAAAUUCCAUGCUCUGUUUGCCGUCCGCCCAGCGCCCAGCAGGGACUGGGGGCCGCCUUCCUGCUGGAGGAGGCAGCGGGGCCUCCCACCAUGCGUGCUGCCGCCACGAGCCAGCAGGGAUGGGCAGGCCUGGCUGGUGCCGACCAGCGUGUCCGUGCUGCCCUGUCCAUCCCCUGGUGCCUCCUUGCUGGGACAGUGGCUCUGCAGGCCUGUGGGGACGGGGGAUGGCCGCAGGGCUGGGCAUGGCCGGGACCUGGCGGCACUCACCAUACUUGCCUGCACUGCGCAAAGCGGACCAAACGUCUCCCUGUUCCGAGGGGCCCACGGGACCCGGUGCGUGGGGCGCCUGGAGGCUCUGGCAAACGUGGGGCACCCACACACAGACCCCAGCUUUGGGUGCUGGAGCUGACAGGGUCUUGGCUGCAAAGUCUGUGCAGCGCCUCGCACCGAGUCUCAGUGCAAUGCAGUGAUACUUGUAGGGGGUGUACAAGAAAGCCAGGGAGGGACUUUUUUACAAGGGUGUGGAGUGGUAGGACAAGGGGGAAUAGCUAUAAAUUGGAAGGGGAAAGAUUUAACUAAGACAUAAGGAAAAAAUUCUUCAUGCUGAGGGUAGUGAGGCACUGGCCCAGAUUGCCCAGGGAAGCUGUGGCUGCCCCAUCCCUGGGGGUGCUCAAGGCCACGCUGGAUGGGGCUUUGAGCAACCUGAUCCAGUGGGAAGUGGGAGCUGCAUGAAGGCUUUGUGUCACCCUGCCCUGCAGCCCUGAGUGAUGGGGCAGGACCAGAGCCCUUCUGGGGCCAACACUGCCAUGCUCAAGAGAAUGGCAGGAACCAUCCCCUGCCCAGUGCUGCAGCCCCAGCCCCAUAUCACAUCCGAAGCAGUGCAGGUGUUUGGAGGGUGGCCCUGGGGCCAUGCAAGGCUCUGCUGGUGGCCGCUGGUCCACCCACAGUCAUGCUUGGUUGCCCCCCAGUCAGUGGUUCUUCCUGCGGUUUGUUUUGAUGAGGUUCUUCCUUUUUCACAUGGCAGAUUUUUGUGGGCAUCCUUGUAAACACAGAACCUGUCAGUUGUACUGGAACAGAGACGCGUUAGCCCUGUUCAGUCCACACAGAGCAGGAAAUGGUGUGAGCUGUCUCACCUCCACGCUGGGCAGGCUGGUGCUGCUUGCCAUACUGGGAGACCUGGCCUUGAACACCUCCAGGAUGGAGCAUCCCCGUCUUCUCUGGGCAACCUGGGCCAGUGCCUCCCCACCCUCAUGGGAAAAUGUUCCCCCUUGGUCUGACCAUGCACUCCCUGAUCAAGAGCCUCUCCCCAGCUUUCCUGGAGCCCCUUUCAGUAUUGGAAGCUGCUCUAAGCUCUCCCCAGAGCCUUCUCUUCUCCUGGCUGAACAACCCCAACUCUCUCAGCCUAUCCUCGUACGGGAAAAGCAUCAGCCCUUUGAUCAUCUUUGUGGCCUCCUCUAGACUUGUUCUAACAAGCAAGUCCUUCCUGUGCUGAAGGCCCCAGAACUGGACACAGGACUCUGGGUGGAGGUCUCACCAGAGUGCAGUAGAGGGAGAGAAUCCCUUCCCUUGCCCUGCUGGCCACGCUUUUGAUGCAGCCCAGGAUGUUGUUGGCUUUCUGGGCUACAAGUGUACAUUGCCAGUUCACGUUGGGCUUCUCAUCCACCAACACCUCCAGUCCUUCUCAGGGCUGUUCUCAAUCCAUUCUCCACCCAGCAUGUGUUUAUUCUUGGGAUUUCCACAACCCGGGUGCAGAACCUUGCCCUUGGCCUUGUUGAACCUCAAGAGGUUCACAUAGGCUCUCUUCUCCAGUUUGUCCAGGUCCCUCUGGGUGGUUGUGGGACUGCAGCAGGAGUUGCUGCAGCCCUGCUGCCUUUGGGGCCACCCCUCCCUGUCCCGGGCUGCUGCAGUGCUGCUUGCAGUGUGCCGGGGAGCUCCCUCCAGCAUUCCCCAUGCUCAGCCCUGCGAGGCUGCUCUCCUCUGGCGGCUCUGUGUGCCCCACACCUGCCUUGCUUGGGUGAGGGGAUCCCUGCCAGGAAACACUCUUGUCUCCAGCACUCGCUGUCAGGCCCAGGUCCUCCUGCCCUGGGCAGGCAGACACCUCUGGCUUCAGCCUGCAGUGAGAGGAGCCCCUGGUCCCUGCGCCCCAUGGACUGCAGGGCUUGGAGGGGCUGAGGCGCUGCUGACGCCAGUGAUGGGAGCCUGGGGGUGUGCCCUGUCACUGUGGGCACGGGCGGCCCUGGCUGCGUGCUCUGUUCUGGCUGCCACCUCACUGCCUACCCACCCCGUGUCCCCUCUGCGCUGCCUUUCAAGUGUAACUGGUGAUCGAUCCGCCAUGACAACGUCCUCUGAGUCACAUUCUCGCCUGUGGGGGUAAAGGGCAAAGGCCAAGUUCUUAGUUUUCAUAGAAAACUAAUUAGAUGACUCCAUCGAAAAUAAGUCAAUAAAGCUGAUCAGGCGCUGCACAGAGUGAGCCACUGAAAGCACCGUGACCUCUGCCUGGAGCAAGCGGGCUGCGAUUGCCCCUUCUGGCACUGCCUACUCUGUGCCAGCUGCCCAGCAGCAUUCCUGUCACCAGUGCUGGGCAGGAUCCCUUGGGCUCCUGGGUGCGGUGGCAUUCCCUGCACAGCUCCUGUGCAUCUCG